UCUCUGCUCUCUCUCUCUCUCUCUUAGAGUAUACUCUGCAGCUUCGAAAUUCGGAGCUUCGUGGAGUACAUGGAACUGUCAACAGUGACUGUCGACAGCGACCGUACUUUGCUGCCGCCGCUGACUGUUGCGGUGGCCGUCGAAGGGGGCGGCUUCAGCGGCCGCGUGGGUAACCGAAGACGGGGAGCUGUCUGGUGGGCGGCGCCGGAGAAUCUCAUGCAUUAUGCCGAUCGUUUCGUCCUCGUUCACGUCACACCUAGCAUCCCUUCAAUUCCUACUCCACUUUCGAGGACAAUCAACUGGAAUUUCGUGGACUUCCGUCAUGUUGUGUCAAGAGAAAACUUCCUCAACCCUUCUGCCACCCCCUUGUUAUAUGGUGAGAACAGCUCUAGACACGAGAGCUUCAACCAGAGGGACCACAGUUCUGUUCGCAUCUAUGAGUUAAACGGUGGCCAUAAUUCUUCCUAUGUGGAUUUUGAAGUUAAUGACGCAUCAUCAUCUAUGUCAGAUCUUAGUCACUUCAAUUCUAUAGCAAUUGCACAACGGAGGUACCCUGGUUCAUACCAUGAAAGAAAUCAUCAAAACUCGGGAAAGAGUAUCCUAGAAAUUGAGGUAAUAAAUGAUUAUCCUUUUAAGGCUUCUACAGAAACAAAGCAGUCAGAUGUGCAGUUUGAGGCAGAACAACUGAGCCUAGAAUUAACGAACACUGGUGGCACGUACAAUCGAGCUUUUGAGGACCUUGUCCAUGGGCAAAACGAGGUUCCCUCUCUUUCUUCUAGACAAGUGCGUGCUGCCUUGCAAGGAGAACAAGUUCAUAAGAAAAUUACUGCAGAAGAGAAAGGAAAGCAUUCGGAAGCCAUGAAGGAGACUAAGACGGGCAGAAAUUUGUUUCCUAAAGAGGCUUAUGAAAGGCACAUAGCAGAAAUGAAAGCUCUCAAAGAAUCAAUGGAGCAAAAGAAUACUAUGGAUGCGCUCUUGUCAAACGACGGAAGGUACAAAAGGUACACGAGGGAUGAAAUCGAGAUAGCUACUGAAUCCUUUUCUGAGACAAAGAUGAUUGGUGAAGGAUUAUAUGGGAAAGUUUACAGAUGCGACCUCGAUCAAACCCCAGUAGCUGUCAAAGUUCUGCAUUCUCAUGCAUCGGAGAAGAAAGAGGAAUUUCUGACAGAGAUUGAAGCUCUUUGCCAGUUACGCCACCCCCACAUUGUUUUACUGCUUGGAGCGUGUCCAGAGAUUGGUUGCUUAGUAUUUGAAUAUAUGGAAAAUGGAAGCCUAGAAGAUUUUGUUUCCGAUCAAAGCAGCAGGCAUCCUCUUCCUUGGUUUGUUCGAUUCCGGGUAGCAUUUGAAGUAGCUUGUGGACUUGCAUUCUUACACAACUCGAAACCGAACCCCAUUACUCAUCGAGAUCUAAAACCGGCGAAUAUAUUCUUAGAUAGAAAUUAUGUGAGCAAAAUUGGUGAGGUGGGAUUUGCUAAACUCAUUUCAGAUGUUGCGCCUGACAAUAUUACAGAAGAUGGGGAACCAGUUAUAGCUGGUACUCUUUACUACAUGGACCCAGAGUAUCAAAGAACCGGAACCAUCCGACCUAAAUCUGAUCUAUAUGCUUUUGGAGUCAUUGUCCUCCAAUUGCUGGCUGCACAACAUCCAUAUGGGCUUUUGUUCAAAUUUCAAAAUGCUCUUUCCAGUGGUUUGCUCCCUGACAUACUAGACAAGUCUAUACCGGAUUGGCCACUUGCUGAAGCAGAGGAAUUGGCUCAGAUGGCCCUGAAAUGCUCCAGAGUUCGAUGCAGAGAUAGGCCGGAUCUUGAAACAGAAGUGUUGCCGCUUUUGAAGAAACUUGUUGACAUGGCAGAUGCUACUGCAAGGGUACAGAGGAAUACUCCUAUUAUCGAUGCACCUAACCAGUACUUUUGCCCAAUACUUCAGGAAGUAAUGGAGGAUCCAUACAUUGCUGCUGAUGGAUUUACAUACGAGUUCAGAGCAAUCAAAGCAUGGCUUAAGCGACAUAGUCUAUCACCGGUAACAAAGCGUAAGCUACAGCAUAAAGUGCUUAUUCAAAAUCAUACAUUACGUUACGCCAUAGAGGAUUGGAGGUCACGCAUAACAUCCACAUCCGGUUAAGUAUUCGUAGUCUGUAGUUGUUGUGCAUAAAUCAAAGCUACCAUUUUAUUCCACAAAGUGAGUAUCAAGUGAAGAAUGCUCUAUCUAGAUAAUUUCGACACAAGGUUUUAUAACUCAGAGAAAGAACCUAUUGCAAUGGUUACUUGACAUCAACUAUAUGGAAGUGUAUGUUGCGUAUCC